UAGUGGAGUUUACCGAGUUUGAGUGAGUCUCAUUUCUCACAGUCGCAAUGGAUUUCCUCACAAUCUCUUCUUCUCAUCCUUCAACUUCCCUUCCUUCUCGUUCCCUCUCACGCAUUCCUACUCUCUUUUCAAAACCACCCAUUUCCUCUUUCAACCCUAAAACUUCUUCUUCUCAAUUUCGCAUAACCCCACUCAAUUGCGUCCUCACUACCCCUUCUUCAAAACCCUCCAAAGAUUCAAACUUUGAAUCCCGAAUUCCAAAACCCACUAUCACUUUUCAACUAUCAUCCCCCCAGACGCAGGAAAGAGCCAUGAGAGUCGCUGAAUCAGAUACCAUGGGGUUGUUGUUGAGGGAGAGGAUUGUGUUCUUGGGGAGUGAAAUUGACGACUUUGUUGCUGAUGCUAUUAUGAGUCAGUUGUUGCUUUUGGAUGCUCAAGACCCUACUAAAGAUAUUAAGCUUUUUAUUAAUUCUCCUGGUGGUUCUCUUAGUGCUACAAUGGCUAUCUACGAUGCGGUAAAGCUUGUGAGGGCUGAUGUUUCCACAAUUGCAAUGGGCAUUGCAGCAUCAACAGCCUCCAUCAUUCUCGGUGGUGGCACCAAAGGUAAGCGGCUAGCUAUGCCCAAUACCCGAAUCAUGAUUACUCAACCACCCGGAGGUGCUAGUGGACAAGCUAUAGAUGUAGAUAUUCAAGCUAAAGAAGUCAUGCACAGCAAGAAUAAUGUGGCGAGAAUUAUAUCUGACUUCACUGGUCGCUCACUUGAACAAGUUCUGAAAGAUAUCGAUAGGGAUAGAUAUUUGUCUCCAAUUGAAGCAGUUGAAUAUGGAAUUAUUGACGGGGUAAUCGAUAGCGAUAUGAUUAUUCCUCUCAUGCCAGUACCAGAACAGGUGGAAGCAACACUAAACACCGAUGAUAAGGAUUUCCUAACCCCAAAUAUCCCCGACGAUGAGAUAUACUAAGUUCUAAAUGAUUGAUAGUAGUUCGGUAUAUCGUUGAAUGCUUAAGAUUCAUCUCCUUGUAUGGCUAGCGGUAUACGACAUUUUAGGCAAAAAAGAAUGUUGUAACAAACUCAGAAACUUUUAAAGUUGUAACAUUUUAGUAUUGCAAAUUUUACUUUUAUUAUUUGUAGGAUGUUGUGACAGUUUAUGUGUCUUUCAAUUGUAAUGCAGUUAUAGCCUAUGGGGAAAUUUGUUUGCAAUUGUUA